AUGGUUGCCGCUGGUGCACAGCAAUCAAACUGGAGCGUCAAUAAAUACGAGAAAUGGAUUCUAUCCGUAACUGGAGGGAUCACCGACACCUGUCCUCUCGUGUUCGAGGUUCUGAGGGAGGCACCUUGCUCAGCCACUUUCCACAUAUUGCUGACCAUUAUUUCCAGCAUCGAGGAGCGAUCUGUCUCUAUAGACGCGAAGUGGAACUUCGAACGUGACUCUUGGUCAACUGGAAACUCUUUCCGAAUGGGCGACGUUAUUUCUUCUGCUGCAGGUUUUGUGAAGGACGGAGUGCUCAGAGGGGAGCUUAUGCUGCUGCCAGACUUUGAGCAGCAUGAAGCAUUAAAAGCGUUUCCGGCAGCUUUUUCAGACUUCCCACUCAAGUCUUGUGGGUUGUCUACUAAAAGCAUUAUAUCACUUGUCAGCGGAAGGGCAGUCAGUGAGAACAGGACUAGCUGGAGUAUGUUUUGCACAAACGGCUUGGAAAUAGAUCCUGUGGUUCAGUGUGUUGAGCGGAGGUGCAUCUUCUACAUGAAGCUUUUAGGCAUACAUGUUAUCCCAGACAACGAAAAACUUCAGAUGUGGGAAACUGCAGCAAGCGUGCAGCCACGGUGCUCAUAUGUGGAGAGCGGCGGAGAAACCUAUUUUCCGAAAGGAUUAUUGAUGCACAAAAGCAAUGGUUAUGAUGGUAUAUGCGGAAAUGGUUCCGGCAUUUCUAUAGCUCCGAAAAAGGGAAGGGCUUUGGUAUUUUUCAGCCGCCGACAUGAUGGAUCUGAAGAUCCUUGUAGUCUUCAUGGUGGAGCAAAGGGAAAGGGUCGCGGGGACGGCUUGUGGUGGGGGUUCCGGCGCGUGGGUACCCGCGACCUGCGCGUGCUGCUGAUCGCCAUGGCGACCGCCAUCCUCCUCAUCGCCACCUUUUCGCGACCGCACGCCAGUUGGGACGAGCGCGACCUGCAGGAGGAGGCGGGGGGCCUGCCGACGGACAUAGACCAGGACGCCGUGGCCGCCAUGGACGAGUGGGACGCCAUCGACCGCCUCCCCUGGCGCCGCCUGCCGCCGCCAUUACCCUCGCUGUCGCUGCAUGGCGCUGCGGACGCGUGUGCUGUGCCGCGGCCCGUGGUGCCGUGCCGCCUGCCCAAGGGGCAGCGCGUGGAGCUGGUAUUCGUCUCCGCCAUGUGGGAGCGCGAGGCGCAGACCAAGGAUGAGACAGAGACGAUGCUAAAGUCAUUGCUGUACGGCACGCGCUGCCCGCUGCACAUCCACUUCAUCAUCUCGGGCGAGCCAGAGCAAUCGGUGCUGCGCUCGCUCAUGGUCACGCUGCGAGCCACCGAGCUCAUCCCCAACCCCUCUCCCUACAUCUACCCCUCGCGCAACGGCGCUCGCAUCGGCCACCCCACUGCCAAAGACCUAGCAGCGCGGGGGUACAGCAACGGGGUGGCGAGCAGGCAGCGGGCGGCGGUGCUGUUCAGCAUGCACUACCUGCCCACGGACUAUGUGGUGGAGCGCGCCAAGGCGCUGCACCUGUGGCCGCUGGCGCACCAUGCGGGCGUGCCCGGCAUGAGCAAGUUCUUCAUGGCCGAGAUCCUCUGGCAGGUGCAGCGAGCCAUCUACCUGGACGUGGACAUGAUAGUGGCGGGCGACAUCCAGGACCUGUGGGACUUCUUCCUGUCCAUGGCGCACGACCCCGACCUGCUCUACUUCAUCAGCAACAACCACCCCGAGGGCGCCAACGCGCGCCGCCUCCUGCGCCCCUACUGCUCCUGCCAGAUGGUGCUGGACCUGCAGCGCAUGCGCGAGGCUAAUCUCACCCAGCUGUUCGUGGACACACUGGGUCCGCACAAGCCCAAGGAGCUAGCGGACUACGUGGAGGACGGCGACCAGUUCCUCUUCAUGUGGACGUGCAAGCAGAUGCCCACGCGCUGCCGCGUGCUGCCGCGCCUCUGGAACGUCUCCGGCUGCACCAAGCCACUGCCCUUCCUGGGAUUAACUUCAAGAGGGAGGGAGGCGAAUGGGAGCUGUUGGCGCAUUGUGCAUUUUAACUGCAUGGGGCAUAUGAGAGGGGGGCAGGGGAGCUAUGUUGUGCCUCCGGAGUGGGAGGAGGCGGCUUCAUGGACCAGGAGUUUGAGAUUGGAGAAACUGAGACGGCCACCAAUCGCGUAA